AUGCCACAGGCCCAGCAGCGCCAGCGCGCCAAGCGUCAACAGCAUGAUGUAGAGCAGCCCCAGCUGCGCCAUCCGAUAUGUCAUCACCGCCACAAACGACGCCAGCAGUCCCAUUCCAUAUCGAUGGCGCAUGGCGGGCUGGUGACCGGCGGGGCGAGUGUGCUGACGGGUUGGGAGUGCGACUGGACUGUCGACAUCGUGCUGCCGGGCCUGCUCGCCAUGCGGUUGGGCCAUCGCAAGACUGGGGGCACCUUGACCAACCUCCACUCGGGUUGA